UGUCAGCCGGGUGAAUCUGAAGGCUUCAUUCAGCUGGUUGUGCCCGAAUAAACUACAGACUGUGCAUGAGAGGGAGGUAUGAGAACGUGCCGGUAGUUCGCUGAAGUCACGUGGAAUAAUAUUGUUAACGUUACUUUGACGGACGGAGUAAACAUGAGCUCUGUGCCGCUGAAGAGGGUCUACACGAAGCUGCCAGUGUGGAUAGUGGAGGACCACCACGAUGUGGUGUGUCAUAUUUAUCGUGCCAUUGCAUCAAGACACCUCCCACCGCAGAACAUAAAGAUGGUUCAUUUAGACUCCCACCCUGAUCUGCUCAUCCCUGUCAACAUGUCUGCUGACACUGUCUUUGAGAAGGAGAAACUCUUCAGUGAAUUGAGUAUAGAAAACUGGAUCAUGCCCAUGGUGUAUGCUGGCCAUGUGUCAUGUGUGGCGUGGCUGCAUCCAUACUGGGCCCAGCAGAUCACAGAGGGAGAGCACAGGAUGGCUGUAGGCAGAGACCCAUCCACCACCACCAUCAGGGUGACCAGUACAGACAACUACUUCCUCAGUGACGGCCUGUAUGUUUCGGAGAAGCAGCUGGAGAACUCUAAAGCUCUGAGGCUGAAUGUGGUCAAAGUCAAUCCUGUUAAACCUACAGAAAAGCAAAGUGAAGAGGACACAGAGAGAUGUUUUGCCAAGAGAGCCCGUAACGCUGGGGAAGCCAGCUGCUCUGAGCUGCUCCUAAGAUGUACUGACACACUGCGACCAGCAGAGGGCAGCAAGAACACGAGCUUGGCUGCUGCUGAUGAUGAUGAAGAUGAAGGGUCCACCAGUUAUGUUGUUAAGAGAAUAUCUGCAUUUCUAAGCGAGACAGAGCCAUACAUCUUGGACAUUGAUUUGGAUUUCUUCUCAUGUAAGAAUCCCUUCAAGGAAUUAUACACACAGGAAGAGUACGCCAUCCUGAAGGAGCUCUACAACUUCAGAGGACCCAGCCCUGAUGCUGAGGAGGAGGAACUUGAUGAGUGUGUGGAUCGGCGUGUCCAUCAGUUAGAAGACCUGGAAGCAGCAUUCGCUGAUCUGUUGGAGGAUGACGGGGAGGACACUGUGACACGCUGGGCCAGCAACCCUGGUAUGUCUUCAUUAACCCAACUGGUUUCCAGUUUGAAGUCGAGAAAUCUGUGCCCUGACUAUGAAAUGGUCCAUCAGGCAGGGUUAACCUGUGACUCCAGUGAGCUGCCUCACCACAUCAGCACAGACGAGGAGAUCGACAGACUCAUCUCUGCUGUGCAGCUGUUUCUGAAGGCUCUGCCCAAACCUACACUGGUCACUAUGUCCAGGUCCAGUCUAGAUGAAUACUGCCCAGUGGAGCAGGUGGAUUCAGUCCAGAGCAGAGUACUGGCUGUACUGGAGAGCCUGUAUGGACUGCUGGACUUACACAAGAACUAUGAGAACAGCAGCACAGACACUCAGGACUGCCAACCACAGGCCUCCUAACACACACACACACACACACACACACACACACACACACAUUACUUUUGGAUUUAGUGGAUGUACAGUUUGAUAAAGACAUGCACAUGAACAAUGACGUGUCAGAUACUGUAUUAAUGGAUCUAGAAGCAAAUUUAUUUUUUAUGUCCAAAAGCUGGAACCUUUGUUGAGGAUGUUAGUCAUAAUUAAUGCAUGUAAUGUGUUAACAUUAGAAGUUCUGGUAUCAUUCUUUGCUUUCUUACAGUCAACAAAACCCAUGUGUAGACUCAAGCCAGCACUGAGUAUAGAUUGAAACCCAUUUGAGGGAGUUAUUAUCCAAGACAUUAGGACCCCCCCAGCAGAAAUGUAGCAUGGUUUUUCUUAAUCACUUAAUAUGAUAUGUUAAUGAGGGAAGUGAUGGUCUUAUUUAAAGACAACUAGUGUCUUUCAAUAUGUUUCUGGACCUGCUUUAACCUUCUCUAGAGUGACAACAGAUGUGUGAAAUACUGAAGGCUGUGUUUCAUUUAACAGAAUUCCUCAGCUGGCUUUAAUAUCUUAGGCCACAACGUGCAGUUGCAACACUGAUUAUCCAGCCCCUCUACAAGAGACUCUACUCUAAAUCCAAGAGCAUUUGACACCAGAGAGCAAUCUGCGCAGAAAAUAAUUGUCUACUGUAAAUCAUUUAAUCUCUGAUUUUUACAGUGUGAGACUCAUACAGCUAUGUCAGUUUGAAUUUAAUAAGAAAUAAUCUGGGGUUUUCUUUAAAUGAUGUAUCAGUUUGCUUGUUUUUUCAUAUGGAAUACAUGAUAACAACAAAAAGUGUUGAUAUUAUUGCUCAAGGUUAUAGGUUUAGAGAGGUAUCCACUAAAAUAAACGGUGGGCUCUGUAAGUAUAUUCUCUCUGAUUAUUGUAGUCAAGGUUAACGAAACACUAAAGGAAAACUAAUGAGUACAAUUCCAAAACAUAUAAAUCAGGGGUGUCAAACAUGCGGCCCGCGGGCCAAAACUGGCACGCAGGAUGACUUUGCAAAGUGUAAAAAUGUGUUGUUUUGAUCAUAAAGUAAAUGCCUUUGUAGAUACAUUGUG